AUGAGCUCACAGCCACGCGCUACUGGAGUUCAACCCGGCCCUUCGUUCAGCCCCACGACAUCUCCAAUUUCUCAACGAAAUUUUCGAUACGAGCCAGCGAGAAGCGGUUAUACAUCUCCUGGAGGGUACUCUACUUAUUCGACCAGUACUACUGCUGACCGUGUCGGUUGUCUAACAGCAGUGAGGAUGUCCGCAUUCGCAAAGCUGUCCCGGUUUACACGACGUCUUGUACAUAUCAGACAAAUGGAUUUCGAGUUUGCUCUCUGGCAAAUGCUUUAUCUCCUUAUUCAACCCUCCAAAGUUUAUAAAAAUUUUAUUUAUAGAAAGCGUACUAAAGACCAAUUUGCAAGAGAUGAUCCAGCAUUCUUAGUGCUGUUGUCUCUUUCACUUUUGUUUUCUUCCAUCUUCUACGCAUAUGCGCUUGGCUUGUCUAAAACUGGCUUCUUCACUUUCUUCCUCUGGUCCGUUUUCGUUGACUGUAUCGCUGUUGGAGUUGUGAUUGCCACUAUUCUUUGGUGGGUAUCGAACAGGUUUCUUCGGAAAGUUCGAGACCAAGACGUCGAAUGGGGAUACUGUUUUGAUGUGCAUCUAAACGCAUUCUUCCCAAUGCUCAUUCUUCUUCAUGUGAUUGUUCCCAUCCUUUAUCCAACAUUAAUCGAUUCGCCGUCGUUUCUGUCAGUGUUCCUUGGGAAUACGUUCUGGUUCCUUGCAGCCUGCUACUACGUCUACAUCACAUUCCUCGGCUACACAGCUCUUCCAAUUCUACACAAGACCCAAUACUUCUUAUAUCCAAUUUCAUUCAUUUUUAUGUUCUUUGUCGCCACUCUCACCGCAGGCUGGAACAUUUCCAAAACCGCCCUUUACUUUUAUCAUUCCCGUGCCGAACCUCAUAAAUUUGCUCCCCAACAUAACAGCUUGUAG